UCCUUCAUUUUGGCAGUUACCUGUAGAUGAGGCCUAUACAGGAAUCAAACUCAUAAUAGGGAUAUUGCUGCAAACAACUGGUGUACCUGGCAGUGGUGUGUACCAUGACCUAUUGGAGAACACAUACACACAAGCACACAAACACACACGGGGGUGUGAAAGCACACACACACACACACACACACACACACACAGGCACACACACAGGCACACAAACACACACUUCACUGUUGGAAGCUGUGUGAAAAUCAGGCUCAUGAUUGAUUCAACCAAAAUCUUUAAAUAUGAAAGAUUAUCAUUUUUCUUUCCGCCUCUCCCUCCCACUUAUCCUCCACUCUUCUUCAUUUCACUUCUUUCUUUUCUUUUUCUCUCUCUCUUUUUGUAACUGUCUUUGAAGUGAGGAAGUUUGCAGAAACUCUUGCAGACAGAAAGCAGCAAACGCCAAAGAUGAAGAGAAGGCUGUAUGGAUAGAAAAAGAGAGGGUGGGGAGAAAGGAGAGCGACGCGUUUACACUUCUGCACCGUUUCCUCUCUCUUCAGUCUUUCUGUCGUUUUUGCAUGCGUUGUCUCUCUUCUCUUCUUCUCUCCCCAGUUUUUCUCAACCUGUUCAUCUCCAGAAUGGAUGGAAGGCUAGUACUUACCAUCCUGGCCCUGUGUGUAAUGAAUGUCGUAACCAUUGAAAUGAGCACAUUUCCCCCCCAACCUCUCACAUCAUCCAACUCCACUCCUGCUACCUCCGGUCCCAUCACUCCCAUCACUUCCUGUGAGUGUAAUAUCUCCACUUCCUGUUCCUCUCCGACCAAGCCCAAGUCUCUGCCACCUGCGCUGGGUGUUGUCAAGGUCAACUGGAAAGGAAAGUCCUGUAAGGGGGACAUACACCUGUCUCUCCUCUUGCACCAUUCCUUACCACUCUGUUUUAACAGUUUGGCUAAUCAUAGCCUUCAACUGGCAGAGUUGUGUGAGAGGAAGGGCUGCGAGGGCUCCCCAAAGUGGACUGAGACCCCUGCUAGGUCUGAGGGUUACCAGAUCGAUAGGGAUGGAAGGGUUACCAAUAACUCCUGUAAAACACUGAGGAUCCAAUGCGUAGACGUCCCAGAUCAGUUAGUGGGCUAUAAGGUGGUGACUGGACUGCUGUGUGUUCUGGUGCUGGUGGUGCUGAUGGUGCGUUUCGGGCAGCCCUCCCUCAAGGCCUUCCGUAAGAGACUGUCAGACAAGAGACAGAGUCGGUGGAUCGGACCUACGCAGAGCCAAAGUGUCUCCUACCAUAGAGGGAAGGCUGGACUCCAACUUAACGACAACACAGACAAGAGACACUCCUACCCUGGAUUGGAGAGGCUGACGGUGAACACCAGCCGAGAGCCGUCGUCUAACAGAAACAGUGAUUAUGACUCUUAUAACUUGUGAUCAUCAUCAUCAGUCAUAUUCUUCAUCCUCCAAGACAAUAUACUGUACAUGUAUUUUUAAUAUUUUAUUAUAUUUUUUUAUGCUAAAUGUAAUAUUUUUUUACGCACAUAAUCUCAUUUUUUGUUGUUUCUGUAUGUAAUUCAAUCAUUCACUUCUUUAAUUGAAUAAAAAGUCAAGUUUGUUGUUGAAUAAAA